CAGGGCCUCCCCGCACUGGUUGGCGUUGGCUGUGAGGUUGGCCGAGCCCUUUGCAAACACUCGGCUGUCCCAUCCUCACAGCGCUGGGAGGCCCGCGCGGUAUCCCCAAGUUACAGAAGGAGUAAGGGACUUCUCCGGCUCGUGCGCUGAAUUUGCACUCAGGUCUUCCUGCCUCCCGGGACAGAGCUCUCCCAAGCGCGCAUUUUGCUGUGUAAAGCGAGGCUAUUUAGGACAUAUGCGCAGAAAUGGUAAAGCACCACAGAUCCAAGAGCCUCAAUACCUGCCCCUGCCUUGCCAGCCUACGGGGUGCAAGAGCACGCAGCAGUCCCUGCGGAUGUUAUGAGUCUUCCAGGCACCGCGGGGGCGACAUAUAUGGCGUCCGGCGACGCUCUGGCCCACGCCUGGAAGCGCAUCGUCGCUGGCCGCUGAGGCUUUCGGGAUCGUGGCGGCAAGAUGGCGGCCCCCAGGAGCGAGGCGGGAGUAACCAUGGCGGAGGAGGAAGCGGCGGCAGCCGGGGUCGAGGCUGCGGGGCGGAGCGGGAGGUCAGGGGUGGAGGUGCUGGUUUCCCGAGACACGUCGGGCUCCCCUCCUCAGUGUCCCCACGGUCCUACUCUUCUGUUUGUAAAGGUGAAUCAAGGUAAAGAAGAGGCUCGAAGAUUUUAUGCUUGCUCAGCUUGUAGAGAUAGAAAAGACUGUAAUUUCUUUCAGUGGGAAGAUGAAAAGUUGUCAGAAGCGAGACUUGCUGCCCGAGAAAUCUACAACAGACGUUGCCGGCCUCCUCUAUCUCACAAGCAGUAUGUAGAAAGGUAUCGGAAGUUUAUUGAGCUGCCUUUAUCUCAAAGGAAGUUUUGCCAAACAUGUCAACAGUUGCUGUUACCAGAUGAUUGGGGAAAGCAUUGUGAUCACCAGGUGCUUUAUGAUAUCUCCAUUGCUCAGCUAAAGAGGCCUAGUCAACUCCUGUAUCCCCUGGAGAAUAAGAAGACAAAUGCUCAGUAUUUGUUCACAGACAGAAGUUGCCAGUUCUUACUGGACCUGAUUUCUACUCUUGGAUUCAGAAAAGUUUUGUGUGUUGGAACACCGAGGCUGCAUGAGCUGAUCAGAUUGAAAGCAUCAGGCGACAAGGAGUCUGACGUUAAAAGCCUUCUGCUGGAUAUUGAUUUUAGGUAUUCACAGUUUUAUACAGAAGAGAGCUUCUGCCAUUACAAUAUGUUUAAUCAUCAUUUCUUUGAUGGAAAGGCAGGUUUUGAAACUUGUAGAAAAUUCUUGCAAGAAGAUAAAGGUGUAGGACUCAUUCUAGUGACAGAUCCUCCAUUUGGAGGUUUGGUAGAACCACUGGCUGUUACCUUCAGGAAGUUUAUGGAUAUGUGGGGAGAGCACCAAAGCCCAGAUAAUAACAAGGAACUACCAUUAUUUUGGAUUUUCCCCUAUUUUUUUGAAUCUCGAAUUCUUCAGUUUUUUCCAAGCUUCAGCAUGCUGGAUUACCAGGUAGAUUAUGAUAAUCAUGCACUUUAUAAACAUGGAAAAACAGGUCGAAAACAGUCUCCUGUGCGCAUUUUCACUAAUAUUCCUCCCAACAAAAUAAUUCUUCCAGCAGAAGAAGGAUACAGGUUUUGUGCUGUGUGUCAGCGUUACGUUUCUUUAGAGAAUCAACACUGUGAGAUCUGCAAUUCAUGUACAUCAAAGGAUGGCAGGAGGUGGAAGCAUUGCCUUCUUUGCAAAAAAUGUGUCAAGCCCUCUUGGAUUCACUGCAGCAUUUGCAAUUACUGUGCACUUCCAAAUCAUUCAUGUGCAGGUGCUAAAGAUGGUUGCUUUAUAUGUGGUGAAGCAGAUCACAAACGUACUAAGUGUCCUAAUUUCUCUGCAUCUAAAAGACCUAACAGGGCUGUCAGGAAACAGAAGCAAAAAAAAAGUAACAAGAUGAAAAUGGAGACCACUAAAGGACAAUCUAUGAAUCAUGCAAUUGUUACAAGGAAAAAGAAAAAGAAGAAAAGAGGACAUCAACAUCCUUGCUCCUAAAUGUCCAGUGACCUGAGAAUAAGAUUUACAGCUUAACCUUUGGAGCCAUUUUUGGAAAGUGCUAUACUGGACUUACAUUCUGUUACUUUCAGAGAUGUGCACCUUCCGAAAGUAAAUAUUGUCAGGCAGGGGGCUCUCCCUGGUGGAGGUGUUCUUAUCCUUUUUGGGGUAAGGGUCCCCUUUUGGGGAGCUGCUCAAGUCUGAAUCCAUUUUCAGAAUGAUGCUUUUAAAUGCAUAAGAGUCCAUAAAAGAAGCUGAUGACAUAGUUAUCAAUUUUUUUUUUUUAAGUUCACAGACUUCUGGUUAAGAAUGCUCAUCUAGUAAAGAGCCAUGUUGAACCUG